UUUUUCUUCAGUCUAUUGCUAUUGGCGUUUAGCCAUUCGCACCGCUUGAAUGUAUGCUUCGUUUUCUUUGACAGAGCUGCAAACCACCAGAGUUUGUUCUGCAGUUCUGACUUGCUCAAAUAGCAUAUCGUGGAAUAUCUGAAAUGACCACCUGCAGCAUGGUGCCGCGACUACAAGCGCCACAAGCCGGUACGUCAGCACGCGAAAACCUGCUGGGAGCGCGCGGCGGGUACUACAACAGCACAGAAAAAUUGCGGCCCGGUUGUGGCUUUUUGGGCACAGGUUCCAAAGACAUUGAAGAGAACAGGCACUCUGACUGGCAAGAAUGGAUCGCGAGUGUGCAGGUGCGGAAUCGUACAGAAGCUUUCUACAGACCUCGUCUCCGGCGCUACGGAAAUAAUGAGAACUGGCACAGAACCGUGGCAGACGAAACUGAUCAUGGUCGGCCUUGCUUUCUGUGGAGAAAAAAAGUGUGCACUGGGUUGGUGUCCAAGUCUGUCGACGAGCUUUUCUACUACAAGAAUAUGCUCAAGAUGUACUACGAAUGCAGAAUGGAACUGGACUUUGAAGAACCGAACGUCGACGACCACCGUCGCUUCGCCCCGCCUUCGAACGUGCGCACGCUCCAGCAUUCGAUCCAGAAGAAGAUCCUUGGCUCGAGCUACGCUUACCAACUCUCAAUGUCUGAAGUGUCGCGUCAGAGUGUGAGCUCGGUUGGAUCGGCAGACUGGUACGCUGCCUUGAAACAACGUCUUCGCGUAGCCGAAAGGUUUUGCGUGCCAAAACAGCGACAGUUAGAUCGGUCAAGCGUCGUUCGCGAUGUCGAAGGAGUCGUGAUGCCCAGCCUCACAUCGGCUAUGCAGCAUGAGGUAGAGGAAGCUUUGGUGCCGACACCGGCCGACGAGGUGCUGGCAUCGGCCUUCCGACUCAACAUCAGCAGGGCCGACAUGCACACGCUGUCCGACAGCCAGUGGUUGAACGACGAGGUGGUGAACUUCUACAUGAAUCUCCUGAUGCUGCGCUCCGAGAAACAAGGCUCUCCCCGCGUGUAUGCGUUCAACACGUUCUUCUUUCCCAAGCUGGCAUCCAAUGGCCACGCCGCUCUCAAACGGUGGACGCGCACCAUCGACCUGUUUUCAUAUGAUAUCCUGCUGGUGCCCCUGCACUUCACCAUGCACUGGUGCCUUGCCGUAGUGGACUUCCGCAAGCGCCACAUCGCCUACUACGAUAGCAUCGGCUCGGCGUCCGAACAGCCAAGCUGCCUGGCCACGCUGCAGCGGUACCUGGAAGACGAGAGCCAGCACAAACGCAACCACGGUCUCGACUGGGACAGCUGGACUUUGAAAGUAAUGGAUGUGCCACGGCAGCAAAAUGGCAGCGACUGCGGCAUGUUCACUUGCCAGUACGCCGAGUGUAUAUCCCGGGACGCGCCCAUCUCGUUUGGCCAGCAGCACAUGCCGUACUUUAGGAAGCGCGUCGUCUAUGAGAUUCUGCACCAGACUAUACUCUCAGUAUGAGGCACGUGUGGAGCCACUUGUUCUCUUAGUUUCCAUGGCUGGGACUUUGAUCAUUUGCGCAGCCAUGCGUGCCUCACUUUCACAAAUUCACUGUCUGCCAUCUUCCACCAGAUUUCUACCAAAUUCCUAGUUUGGUGCAGAUGUGGAGCCAUCCUUUUUUUUUUCUUGUGAAUCUAGUUUCAAAAUACCAACUUUUCAUGUGAUUUACUUGCAUGUUCCGAAGUGAAAUAAACCAUUUUUCAUUGUG